AUGCUUCAUGUCUCUAACCCUGGUUACAGGGAGAAGUACACUGCACACAUACAGGACAAGUAUGGAGCAAUCAAAGACAGGAACUCUCUUCUUGGUGAGAAUGUAAUUCUAAACAGCAGAUAUACCAAGCUGAUUAUUGUAAAGGAAAGACGUGCCAGAAAAGAAAGACAACAUGAAAUAAUGACCUCUGGACAGAGACAUGCAGAAAUCAUGUCUGAGCAGAAGAGAUCCAUCACCAUUGGUGACUUAUUUGCAGCUGAUGAGAAGGGGAAAACUCCGCGAAUUGCUGUGUUGCUGGGAGCUGCAGGGAUUGGGAAAACACUGACUGCAAAAAAGAUCAUGUUUGACUGGGAGGCUGGAAAGCUUUACAACAAGAAGUUUGAUUAUGUUUUCUACAUAAACUGCAGAGAAGUGAACUUUGACACUGAGCAGGGAAGUGUUGCAAAUCUGAUCCUAAGAAAUUGUCCUGAUCAACAUGCACUGAUUCAAGCAAUGUUGGGGAAUCCAGAGAGACUCCUGUUCAUAAUCGAUGGUUUUGAUGAACUGAGAUUGUCCUUGGAUCAGCCGGAAGAGAGUCUGUGCUCUGAUCCCUGGGAGAAGAAACCAAUGGAAAUCGUGCUGAGCAGUUUAGUCCAGAAAAAAGUCCUUGAGAAAUGCUCCUUACUCAUUACUACAAGACCAGCUGCUUUGGAGGAGCUCAGGCAGUGCUUGCACAAUGAGCGCUACGCUGAAAUCCUGGGGUUUUCAGAAACUGAGAGGAGAGAAUACUUUGACAAGUAUUUUGGCGAUAAAGGGAAAGCAAGAAAAGCCUUGAAUUUUGUAAAAGAAAAUGAAAUGCUCUUCACCAUGUGCUUUGUCCCCAUUGUCUGUUGGAUCGUCUGCACUGUCAUCAAGCAGCAGAUGGAUGAGGGUGAAGAACUUGCACAGACUUCGACAACAGUCACAGGAGUGUACCUGCUCUACCUUUACGAUUUACUGAAGGAUCCAAGAAGGAAGUCAAAGUAACUCCUACAAACUAACUUGAAAGGACUUUGCUCCUUGGCUGCAGAUGGGGUCUGCAGCCAGAAAAUCCUGUUCGAAGAAGAGCUUAAGAAGCAUGGCGUAGACACAUCCGACUCCCUCUUUCUGAAUGAGAACCUUUUUCAAAAAAGCACUGACUGUGAAUGUCUCUACAGCUUCAUCCACUUGUCUUUUCAAGAGUUUUUUGCAGCUUUGUUUUAUGCUCUGGAAGAAGCAGCAGCAGCAGUAGACAAAGGCUCAGGAAAUGACAUAAAAGCUUUGACAGCUUUGAUAGCCCACUACGGGAAAUCUAGAAAUCAUUUAAUGUUAACAGUGAGAUUUCUGUUUGGUCUCUUAAAUGAAGAGAGAAUGAAGGGCAUUGAGAAAAAACUGAGCUGCAAAAUGUCAUUGAAAAUUAAACCAAAAUUACUGAAAUGGAUUACAACAAAACCCAAAAAGACCUUUGGAAUCGCAAGGGCAGAGCUUGAGGAAUUUCACUGUUUGUAUGAAAUUCAAGAAGAAAAUUUUGUGCAAAGUGCACCGAGUCAUUUACCAGCUGUGAAGUUAAGUUUUCAUAUGUUUACCCAAAUGGAUCAAGAGGUGCUUGCGUUCCGGGUAAAAAACUGCCACCAAUUAGAAUCACUUCUUCUAAAUUCUUGUGAAUUCAGAUAUGAAGGCCUAAAUGAAGAUGUUUCAAGAUCCCAAAAGCAGCCUCCUCUGUAA